CCCUUCCUCCGCGGCGGCGACGAUGACGAUGACGCUGAUCCGCCGCCGCCGCCGCCCAUAAAGGGCCCGCGGGUCGGCGGAGGAGCAGGCACCCGCCGCAGGGAGGAGGCCGGGGCAGGGAAGGCGGAGGCCGCGGCGGAAGGUGCUGCGUGGGAUCGGGGCCAUUCCUUGGAGAGAGACUGCUUCCCCCCCCCUCCCUUGACCCUAUGCUCCCCCCUUGGACACCCCGAGGCCUCCUCUAAGGAGCCCCCCCUCCCUCCCUGCUGCCCCCUCCCUCCCCCUUGCCGGUGCCCAUGGAUCUGCGGCCCCCCCGGCUGCUGUGGUGGUGCACCCUCAUGGCCGCCCUGGGCAGAGGCGCACCCCAGGGCCCCCCUCGCGUCUAUACCAACACCUGGGCCGUGAGGGUCCCAGCGGGGCCCCAGGAGGCCCAGCGCAUUGCCCGGAAGCACGGCUUCCUCCAUGGGGGACAGAUCAUCGGAGACUAUUACCACUUCUCUCACCGGGCCGUGGCUAAGCGCUCCCUCUCCCCACACCGGUCCUGGCACGGUGCGUUGGCCAGAGAGCCACAGGUGCACUGGCUGGAGCAGCAAGUGGCCAAGCGCCGGAGCAAACGGGACGCCUUCCUGGAGCCCACAGACCCCAAAUUCCCACAGCAAUGGUACCUGUCCAACCCCAACCAGAGGGACCUGAACGUGCAGGAGGCCUGGCAGCAGGGUUACACCGGGCGCGGCGUCGUGGUCUCCAUCUUGGAUGAUGGCAUUGAGAAGAACCACCCGGACCUCGAGGCCAAUUAUGAUCCAGCCGCCAGUUAUGAUGUGAAUGACCAAGACUCUGACCCGCAGCCGCGCUACACCCAGAUGAAUGACAACAGGCACGGCACUCGAUGUGCAGGGGAAGUCGCCGCAGUGGCAAACAAUGGCAUCUGUGGUGUAGGUGUAGCUUACAAUGCCAAGAUCGGAGGUGUCCGCAUGCUAGAUGGAGAGGUGACGGAUGCCGUGGAAGCCCGGUCCUUGGGUCUCAACCCCAACCACAUCCACAUCUACAGUGCCAGUUGGGGCCCCGAGGAUGACGGGAAGACAGUGGAUGGCCCAGCCCGGCUGGCCGAAGAAGCUUUUUACCGGGGAGUCAGCCAGGGGCGUAACGGUCUGGGCUCCAUUUUUGUUUGGGCCUCUGGGAACGGCGGCCGGGAGCACGACAGCUGCAAUUGUGACGGCUACACCAACAGCAUCUACACGCUCUCCAUCAGCAGCACCACCCAGUACGGCAACGUUCCCUGGUACAGCGAGGCCUGCUCCUCCACCCUGGCCACCACCUACAGCAGUGGCAGCCAGAAUGAGAAGCAGAUCGUGACGACCGACCUGCGGCAGAAAUGCACCGAAUCGCACACCGGCACUUCCGCUUCUGCCCCACUGGCCGCUGGCAUCAUUGCACUCGCUCUGGAGGCCAACAAGAACCUGACCUGGCGCGACAUGCAGCACCUGGUGGUGCAGACCUCCAAACCGGCUCACCUGAACACCAACGACUGGGCCACCAAUGGCGUGGGGCGGAAAGUCAGCCACUCCUAUGGCUAUGGGCUCCUCGACGCUGGCGCCAUGGUGGCCCUGGCCAAGAACUGGACCUCGGUGGGGCCGCAACGGAAGUGUAUCAUUGAUAUCCUGACGGAACCCAGGGACAUCGGGAAGCGGCUGGAGGUGCGCCAGAAGGUGGACGCCUGCCGAGGGAAGGCCAGCGCCGUUGGGCAGCUGGAGCACGUCCAAGCCCGCCUGACCCUCUCCUACAACCGCCGGGGGGACCUGGCCAUCCACCUGGUGAGCCCCAUGGGCACCCGGUCCACCCUGCUGGCUGCCAGACCCCACGACUACUCUGCUGAUGGCUUCAACGACUGGGCCUUCAUGACCACCCAUUCCUGGGAUGAGGAUCCUGCAGGGGAGUGGGUUCUGGAAAUAGAGAACACCAGCGAAGCCAAUAAUUACGGAACCCUCACCAAGUUCACAAUGGUCCUGUACGGGACGGCUACGGACCCCCCGGGCCUCUCCAACCAGUUUGAGAGCAGCGGCUGCAAAACCCUUGCCACCGGUCAGGCCUGUGUGGUGUGCGAAGAGGGAUUUUUCCUUCACCAGAAGAGCUGCUUGAAGACCUGCCCACCCGGCUUUGCUCCAGGUCCGCCUCCGCCGGCAGCCCCGCUGGAGAACAGCCUGGGCCCCCACCUGCGCCCGCUGCUCUGCCUGCCCUGCCACCCCUCCUGCGCCACCUGCCUGGGGCCCGGGGCCACCCAGUGCCUCUCCUGCCCGGCGCACGCCCAUUACAACAGCCAGGAGCAGAGCUGCUCCCACCAGACGCAGAGCAGCCGGGCCUCUCCCGCGCUGGGGACCAGUGGCGGCGUUGGGGCGCCGGCAUCCCUGGCUGGAGGCAGUGCCAACCUCCCCGUGCUGGUGGCCAGCCUGAGCUGCUUCUUCAUUGUCCUGGUCUUCGUCACGGUCUUCCUGGUGCUGCAGCUGCGCUCCGGUCUGCGCCUGCGCGGAGUGAAAGUCUACUCGCUCGAGAGCGGCGGCAUCAUUGCCUACAAGGGCCUGCCUUCGGACGCCUGGCUGGAGGAGGACGAGGAGGAGGAGAACGACGAGCACCGAAGCGGCGAGCGGACUGCCUUCAUCAGAGACCAAAGUGCCCUUUGAUGAGCCCGUGCCCCCUGGAACGGCAGGGGAAGGAAGCGGCCGGAGGGGCCGGAGCCUCGGGUCCAGUUAGCGGAGGGCUGGCACUCUCUCCUCCUGGCUCUGGUUUGAACUCACCAAAGUGAUUUUUCUACACAGAACCAGUUUGGUGGUAGCGAUGGGGCUGAGGACGAGCCUCCUCUUUCCGUGGCCCCUGCCUCGCUGUUGGCAUCGGCCAAGCCCCCUCCUCCCUCUGCGCCAGCCUUGUACCCGGCAGUCUGAGGGGCCCCCGCUCUACGGGCCCCCUCCCCAGCCUUCUCCUUGCCUCGCCAGACUUGCCCUGUGCAAUUGAGUGGGGAGCCUCAUCCAGGGGCUCCGGGAGGGAGGGAGGGAGGGUGGGGGCCACGGAGCCCUUGGGUGGGCAGGGGCCACGGCCUCCUUCUGCUGUGCCACCGUUGCUGCUAGGGGCCUUCCUCCCUCCCUCCCUCCCUCCCUCGUUGCUGCCGCUCCUCCAAGGGCGACGACAGCAACAACACGGCCGCUCGCUUGCCCCCGAGCCGCCCCCAGUGCCCCCCGGAUCCACCCAAAGUCACUGGAGCUUCCACCUGUCCUCAUGUGCCUUGUUGCCCCCUCCUCUCGGAUGACAAUCGGAUGUGGUCCUGGCGCCUGACCGCUUGACCGCCCGCCUGCCUUCCCCAUCCCACCGGUGCCCCUCCCUCCCUCCCUCCCUCCUUCCUUCCCUCCCUUCUGUGGGGCAGGAGGGGGGCGCUCGAGGGAGGGAGGGAGGGAGGGAGGGAGGGAAGAAGGGAGGGGAGGGGCUUGGGGCAGAAGGGCUGCGGCCCAGGACUCCUUUUUCUAUAAUAACUUUUUUGGUGCACAAAUUAUUUCUUGUAAUUUAAAACAAGGAGCCAAUUCCCGUGGCCAGUGUUUUUUUAAUUUAAUGGAUGUGGAUAUAACGCUAGAGAGAUUAAAAGUUUAUUAAAUGUUGGAACUAUGCAAA